UGUCAUUUGUAUAGUGGAAAGAGUAUCCAAUGGCUCUCUAUAAUUUCCCGCCAUAUCAAAUAUGCGCGCCAAAACAUGUUUUCCUUUUUCUAAACCCUAAUCUUGUUUCCAAAUUUAAGAGUAAUAAAAAAGGAAAAAUUCAGAAGAGAAGAAAAUGAAAGGAGGAACCGUCCAGAUCAACUGGCACGAAACCAAACCAGUCUUAACCCUUGAUUUCCACCCAGUCUUUGGUAUUCUUGCCACCGGUGGCGCCGAUUUCGACAUCAAGCUUUGGUCAAUAAAAUCUGCUGAUGCAGAGAACAAUGUUCCAACAGUUUCAUAUCAAAGUAGUCUUUCUUACCACACUGCAGCUGUAAAUGUCAUCCGAUUCUCGCCAUCUGGAGAGCAACUUGCCUCUGGUGCUGAUGGAGGUGAGAUGAUCAUAUGGAAGUUACAUCCUACAGAAACUGGUCAAACAUGGAAGGUUCUUAAGACGCUAUCAUUUCACCGCAAGGAUGUUCUGGAUUUAGAGUGGUCUACUGAUGGUUCAUUUCUCAUAUCUGGAUCAGUUGAUAAUUCUUGCAUCAUAUGGGAUGUGAACAAAGGUUCUGUCCAUCAGAUUUUGGAUGGCCAUUUCCAUUAUGUUCAAGGUGUGGCAUGGGAUCCAUUAGAGAAGUAUGUUGCUUCCCUUAGUUCGGAUAGAUCCUGCAGAAUAUAUGUCAAUAAGCCUCAAACAAAAGCAAAAGGCAUUGAGAAGAUGACUUAUGCUUGUCAGCAUGUAAUAAUAAAGGCAGAACAGCCAAUGGCUGAUGAUAAGGCUUUGAGAAGCCAUCUCUUCCAUGAUGAGACAUUGCGCUCUUUCUUCCGCAGAUUAGCCUGGUCACCUGAAGGAUCAUUUUUACUUGUUCCAACAGGAUCUUACAAAAUUUCAGCUGCACUUGAAUCCAUAAACACAGCAUAUAUUUUCUCUCGGAAAGACCUUUCUAGGCCCACUAUACAGCUUCCUGGUGCCAGUAAACCUGUUGUAGCCGUUCGAUUUUGUCCUCAUCAAUUUAGCCUUCGGGGAUCAGAUCCAUCUGGAUUCUUCAAUCUCCCUUAUCGUCUCAUUUUUGCGGUGGCCACUUUGAAUUCUUUGUAUAUUUAUGACACAGAGAGCAUUACUCCAAUUACAAUCUUGGCUGGUCUUCAUUAUGCGGCCAUAACUGACAUUGCUUGGUCAUCUGAUGCCCGUUAUCUAGCAUCAUCCUCGCAAGAUGGUUACUGCACCUUGUUAGAAUUUGAUGGUGAUGAGCUCGGUACACCCAUUGUUUUAUCAGAACAAAAGAAAGUCAUGGGAGAUGAAAAGAUAAACCCUGUUCAGAUGCCUGAGAACAUGGUAAUUGAAGCAACUACAAAUGAUGGUCACAUUUCAGCAAAUAACACGCCAAUGGAAGCAGAUGGUGACGUGGUGAAACAAGAAUCACCAAGCUCCUCGAAGACUCCCAUCGUGAAUAAGCCCACAAAGAGGCGGAUUACACCUAUGGCUAUUGAUCCAUGAUAAACUGGCAUCCUGAUCUCUCUACAUUAUACCUACUCUUAACAGGCUUCACUCACUGAAUGUUGAUUCGCCCACUAUGUGGAUUCAACUAAAUCAUUAGCUGCAGAUGUUUGGAAAGAUGACCCUUCUGAUGCAUGAAACAAACACCAUUUUCUAUGUUGUAGUGCUUUAUCGUUUUUGACAUGUAAAUAUAAGAGUUAACUUGAGCUGGUAGGAAUUUGUAUCUUUUUCCUUUUUGUAGUAUAGUAUGAAAUGUAUCUUGUUGGGCAUAUGGAUGCCUACAUUAAUUUGACUGACCAAGUGUAAGGCCUUAUUAUGAUGACCUUGGGUUGAUUAUCUUUUAUGUACCCUUUGAAAUAAACCAUACUAUUUUAAUCAGCUUUCAUUUUCUC